AUGUGGCGGGCGCUGCUGCCCAAAUAUCAGAUUCAGAUUGAGGAUCACUCCUUUGACGACCGGUAUUGCCAGCUUCAUGGCACUUGUUCUGCCGACAGUCGCUUUGCCUGGCUUGGCGAGCACCUAAGAGGAACACUGGUGCGCACAUGCGGCGGUCACUAUCUCAAAGGUUUUCAGGACAUCGACUCUUUGGCAGAGCAGCUGUUCGAACUUGUCGUGAAAGACUCCUUGGCAUCACGCGCGGACGUGCUGCUAUGUACCCACCCGCCUUACUCAUGCCGCCUUUUCUGGCCUUUCGUGCAGCGCCUUGGCUUACCUCUGCUGGGAUUCUUUGGAGGCACCUUGGAGGCACAUGUUCCGGAGGAGGGGAUGACCGCUUGGCUGCAUGACUUCCGUGCUAUGGCACAAGACCCCCUUGUGCAGUUCGCGGCGAUUGCGCCAUUCUUGGCCGAAAAAAUGCGCUAUCAAUCUGGAGUUGACAUCCCAGCCUCACGUGGCUUUGGCUUUCAUGUCAUCGAGCAGGGAGGCAGCUAUUUUCCAAGGAGAUGGGAUGAAGUGCUGCUGUGGAAGGGCAGCAGUGAAUGCGAUGACAACAAGGAAGCCUUCAAUGUUGCUAUCAGCGAAGUGUCCAAGUCAGUCUCACAAGGUAGCGGCUCGGACAUCAUCUUGCGAUUCAUGCAUCUCCAAUCCCUUCGAGAAAGCGCUGAGGGCGCAUCCUAUUCCAGCAUCACCUCUUUCCGGGCAGUUGUGUUUGUGCCCUACGAGGUUCUGCUGAUGACGUUUUACGAGCUCUACCAUGCUGCAAUACCUCUCUUCAUUCCUGAGAAGGAGCUGGGAGUUUUUUUCAUGUAUCGAGGCCCAGUGACAUACCCGCAUUGUGAUCUUGUGGUGUCCAACAUGGAUGUUGAGACAGGUCAGAUGAUGAGCUCUACAAGAGAGAUUCAUCCUUAUUCCCCGUUCGACCGCAGCAAUGUGACGGCGAGGCUGUCCUGGCUGGAGGCAUAUACCGACUGGUAUCGGUGGCCACACAAUCAGCAAUACUCCUCCGUGGCUGACCUGGUGUGGAAGCUCUACGAGACAAACUUGCAGGCGGUGAGUGCGGCAAUGCGCUCGGAGACGGCCCUUGCCAUGGCAGGUGCAAGUGCCUUUUGGGAGGCGGCCUUCGACAAGGUCCUCACGGCUGCGAGCCGAAGUUCGAUCUGA